CUCCUCCUCUUCCUCCCCAGUCCCCAUGCUUCACCUGCAGCCUCCUCGGCCGCCGCACGGUGCGCGCACUCACUGCGCAAUGGCCGCGGAGACGCACGUUCCCACGGGCGCUCGUCUCCAGAUGGAUUACGAGGCGAAGAUCUUCGCCCACACCGGCGGCUACGGACGCUACAACCGGAUCGUGGUCGUGUUCAGCUGGUUCCCCAACUUCGCGGUCAUGCUCAAUCUGUUCAGCGACGUGUUCUACACGCUGAUCCCGGACUCGUACCACUGCAUACCCGACCCGCAGCUGCUGCCCUCCGCCUUCCUGCCCAGCAACUUCUCCCGGCAGGGAUACUUGAACCUCACCAUCCCCUGGCUGGAGGGCGCCGGGCUCAGCCACUGUGAGCUCUUCAAGUACCCGCCCAACACCUCGGACUUGUCCCACAACGAGCCCAGGGAGCGGGUGUCCUGCACCAGAGGGUGGGAGUACGUCCACUCCGCGGGGCUGCAGAGCAACUUUGUCACCGAGUGGGACCUGGUUUGCAGUGACUACUGGAAAAUCCCUCUGCAGCACAUCUGCUUCAUGACAGGAUGGAUUCUGGGAUACAUCCUCCUCGGUACUUUAUGCGACUGGUUGGGCCGUCGGUGGGGAUUCCUCCUCUCCAUCAGUCUGUCCUGUCUGUUAGGUGUCGCCGUGUGUUUGUCCAGCAGUGCUGUGGUGUUCCUGCUGCUGCGUCUCUCGCAGGGCGCCAUGCUCGCCGGGGUGCUUUUGUCCUCGUACAUCGCCAGGCUGGAGCUGUGCGAUCCUCCGCACCGCCUCAUGGUUGCCAUGGUCAGCGGCUUCUUCGCCGUGUUCGCCGAGCUGCUGUUGCCGGGUGUCGCCGUCCUGUGCCGUGAUUGGCCCAUUCUCCAGUCUGUGGUCACGCUGCCUCUGCUCCUGCUGCUUCCCUAUUGGUGCUGUGCGUCGGUGUUUCCCGAGUCUCCUCGCUGGCUGCUGGCCACGGCUCAGAUCCCUCGGGCGAAGAGGAGCCUCCAGGAAUUCUCCACCAGGAACGGCGUUUGUCUGCGAGAUGAAAUCUACCCCGGUGAAACCCUGCUGUCAGAACUAGAUUCAGCGUACGGAGAAGACUGUAGACCGAAUUACCAUUCAGUUCUGGAGCUGCGUGAGACUCGCGUUAUCUGGAAGAACUGCCUCAUCCUCAGCUUCACUCUGUUCAUUGGAACGGGCAUCCAGUACUGUUUCACCAGAAACCUGCACGGUUAUUCCACCAACUUCUACUUCAGCUACUUUCUCAGGGUGUUUACCGGCGCGCUCGCCUGCAUCUUCAUCUGUUUGACCGUCAAUCACUUUGGACGGCGCGGUAUUCUUCUGCUCUCGGCAAUCAUCACUGGACUGUCGUCGCUGCUGCUGCUGGCCCUCACUCAGUACCUGCGUGGAGGCCUGGUGUUGGUGCUCUCCGUCGUGGGCCUGCUGUUCUCCCAGGCUCUCGCCAUGCUCAGCGUGUUCUUCGCCUGUGAGGUGAUGCCAACCGUGGUUCGAGGGGGCUGCCUCGGCCUGGUGCUGGCAGCGGGCUGUGUCGGCAUGGCCGCCUCCUCCCUGAUGGAGCUCCAGAAUAACAGCGGCUAUUUCCUCCACCAUGUGAUUUUCGCCUCCUUUGCCGUCCUCUCCGUUCUCUCCAUAAUGCUCCUACCUGAAAGCAAACGCAAGCCGCUGCCCGACUCAAUGAAGGACGGCGAGAACCAGCGGCGACCGCCACUCUUUCUCUCCCGGCCCGACCGGGACAACCUGCCGUUGCUUCGCACCCCACCCUCUAUGUCGGCGUACAACCCUGACAACUAUUCCCGCCUGGUGUCUGCCACCAGGAAGAUGCUGACUAAAGAGAAUUUGCCUUAUCGGAUCUCUGUGCCGGCUCAUUUCCCUCUGCUGCCGGGCAGUGAAACACAGGGACAGGACGACGAGACGCUGGGAGCGGCCGUAAUUUGAGAAGCUCCUCAUCCUCUGUACAAACUUGGAUUAGUCCCUCGUCCUUCUUUGAGACAUACCUCUGAAAGUCUACCAUCCUCCUCUAUUGAAUCAUUGUCUCGGUCACUCCUGGGCAAACUCAGCGGAACUGGCCACAGCUUGGAUGCAGUGCACUUUAGAGUGAUGGCUCCAAGUCUAUCACCUGUCAGCAAUAUAUCAAUGUCUUAUAUUUUACACUUGAAGCUGUUUCUCUGCGAUGGCGUUUUCUCAUGUGGAUUCAGUUGGUUUUUUUUUGUCAUCCAAACCGACGUGAGGCCUAGAAAAGGUUCCCUCUGAACUGUGACUGUGCAUGUUUAGACUGUGUCUGUGUUAUAUAUUCCUUUUUUGUAUUUUAAAUGGUCACACUCCUCUGGUCAGGCCAGUUGACCUCACGCUGCUUGUUUGGAGCAAUUCAAACCAAAUGUUUUGACACCAGUUUCACCAGAGGAGCUCGCUCAACUGUGGGGCUGCCGGCGGUCAUGUGAGCCGCAGCCCUUUGUCCAUUUAUUAGAAAACUCACGCACUUUCCAUUAAGUCUAUUCGUCUGAUUCACCAGCAGUGUCUCAGUGCUGAGAGGAGCCCACGGACACACGGGACGGGUUCAUGCCGUCGUCGUUGUGGAAGCCUUGUGUUAUCCUUGUGAAGCACACAAGAGGGAGCUAUAUGAUGCACUGGCCACUGGCACUGUUUUAUUCCUCAGCUUAUUAAUGGUUAAACCACUAACAACCUCCGAUGAUCUGAAUAUUUCACUCAGAAGUGUCGAUCCAAAUGAGAUUUCCUGUGUUGGAAAAUUUAACACCAGAUACAAACCACAUCAUUCAAAGGUGCUUUUUUUUUAUAAAGUUUCCCUUUGAACACUGAUGACUUUGCAACGUACGAACCACUGUAGCUAGACAAAAAAGUGAAUCGCCUCUCAGUCUUGAUCAUGGAUUGUGUAUUUGUCAUAUUUUUUGAAAUGUGACGCGCUGACACACUGUAAUGUUUUCAAUGCUUCGGAAUUUUAUAGAACCAACCUUAAAUGAAGGGCAUUAGAUGUUUUCACAAGGACAGACUUAAUCCUUUGAGUCUAAAAAAACGAAAAGAAAAAAAAAAUGAAAAUGAGGGCAUUCACAUGCUGAAUGUCCUCAUUUUCAUUUUUUUUUUCUUUCAGUUACUUCAUCACUGGCACUGAAAGGAUGUUGAACUCUACAAGGUCAAGGUUUACUGUGUGUGUGUGUGUGUGUGUGUGUGU